CAGAAAAUAAUUCUUUCAACGGAAGGCGCGCCGGUCGCGUCAGAAUCGCAUUUAAUUCCGCCAAAUCCGGAUCCGGCGACAGCGAGACAGCGAAGGACACGCAGAACCGAAGAAGACGCAGGCUGCAGCCAACCAGGAAACACGCACACGACCUCAUUUCAUCGCGCUGCAGGCAGGUCAUAGCCAAAAUGAUCAUCCCGGUCCGCUGCUUCUCCUGCGGCAAGGUCACUGGCGAUCUGUGGGAGCGCUAUCUGAAGCUUCUCGACGAGGGCAUCGACGAUGGCCCGGCAAUGGACGCACUUGGUCUGCAGCGGUACUGCUGCCGCCGCAUGGUCAUGACGCACGUCGACCUCAUCGAGAAGCUGCUCAAGUACUCGACCGAGGGACGACAGGAGAAGAAGAUCAACCUUGCGCAUACUUAGUGAUGGACACACCACUCAUUCUCGGACGCACACAGCUUUACGACACCAGGGAAUCCGACUGAUUCCCGAAAGCCAGCACCGGUGUUGUUCGCCACCUCUUUCCUCUUUCUCUCUCUAUAUCCCUUGGCAACCAGCGAAGACAUCCGGCGCGGCGUUUUUAGGAGUGGGUAAUUGGUUACACAAAAUGACGAUAAACAUACAUGUGCACAUUCUCGCAGAAUCUGAAGAAUCAGUUUGCUCAAUAGAGUAUCAGCCAC